AUGCGAGGCCGCCUACGCGUCCUCAUCAUCGGCAAAGGAGGGAGAGAACACGCUCUCGCCUGGAAACUACGCCAGUCACCGCUCGUCGACCAUGUGUACGUCCUGCCCGGUAAUGGCGGCACGGCUCGUGGACUCACGAACGUCUCAAACGUCGAGAAUGUCGCUAUGGACCAGUAUGAGGCCAUGGCAGAAGUAGCCAUCCGACUUGAAAUAGGACUGGCAGUCAUCGGACCGGACUCUGCCAUCGUGGACGGAGCUGAAGUGUAUUUCCGACGUGCCAAGAUCCCAUGUUUUGCUCCUAGCAAAGAGGCCGCCGAGAUCGAAGGGUCCAAAGCCUAUGCGAAGGAGUUCAUGUGCAGACACGGUAUCCCGACAGCCGAGUACAGGACAUUCACGGACUUCGAAAAAGCCCGCGCUUAUGUCGACUCAGUCGGACAUCGCGUCGUCAUCAAAGCGGACGGACUGGCCACAGGAAAAGGCGUCAUGAUCCCCUCGACGAAAGACGAAGCCGUAAGGGCAUUGCAGGAUAUCCUGGUCAACCACCACUUCGGCGGAGCCGGUACCUCUGUGGUCGUCGAAGAAUAUCUCGUCGGUCAGGAACUCAGUGUGUCGACAGUCUCUGAUGGAGAGACCACCGUAACGCUGUCAGUUGGUCAGGACCACAAGCGCGUCCGCGACGGAGACAUGGGCCCCAAUACCGGUGGAAUGGGCGUCUAUGCGCCUGUCCCGGCUGCGACGAGGACUAUCAUGGAACGCGUCGAAACUGAAAUCCUGCGACCGACGUUCGAGGGGCUACGACAAGAAGGUCGAGUGUUCAAAGGUCUUCUUUUCACUGGCAUCAUGUUGACCGACUCGGGACCCAAAGUGCUCGAGUACAAUGCCCGCUUCGGCGAUCCUGAGACACAGUCCAUCAUCCCUCUGCUCGGGAGCGACGUCGACCUCGCGCUGGUCUUGUUGGCCUGCACCAAGGAGAGAUUGCACGAGAUGCAAAUCUCCUUCUCGCCGGGAUUUGCUUGCAAUGUGGUGGUGGCUGCCGGUGGGUAUCCCGAGUCGUUUCGCAGCGGUGACAUUGUCGAAUUUGAAGAACCACUUCCUGGAGAUUGUCUUAUCUUUCAUUCCGGCACGAAACUUGAUGGGGAAUGUAUUGUCACUGCAGGCGGGCGAGUCUUCACGGUCGUUGGCUUGGGCGGAACCCUUGCUGAGGCCGUGAGCAAUGCGUAUCGCGGUGUUCGAUCAAUCGAGUUUCCCAAUAUGUUCUACAGGAAGGACAUUGCUUGGAGGUGA